CUUCCACGCAACGGGUGAUCAUCCCUGAAACACCUUGGUCUUCUGCGGGCGCAACGACUUCGCUUCACUCCCCUCAUACUCUGCGCUGGCUGUCUCGUCAGCACCGUCACCAUGUCCAAAAAGCCCGCCGAUGUGGCGUCGAAAGAGCGCAACGAAUACAUUCCAUCUUUCAUCUCGAAGAAGCCGUUCUAUAUCGACGACGACUCUUCCGCCAAUGAUUACCUCGAACAUCAACGUCUCCAGAAGUCGACAGCCGACCAGUCGAAAUGGUACGACCGUGGAAAGCGUGCGGGCCCCGCGGCCACCAAGUACCGGAAAGGCGCCUGUGAGAACUGCGGCGCCAUGACCCACAAGACGAAAGAGUGCCUAAGUCGUCCUCGAAAGCAAGGCGCUAAGUGGACGGGCAAGGAUAUCCAGGCAGAUGAAGUUAUACAAGACGUCAAUUUGGGAUGGGAUGCCAAGAGAGAUCGGUGGAACGGCUACGAUCCGAGCGAAUAUCAACAAGUGGUGGAGGAGUACGAAGAACUGGAGAAGUUGAAACGACUCGCUAAGCAGGAUAGUGAAAAGAACAAUGGUGAAGCCGAUGAUGAUGAAGAUGCGCCUCAAGAGGAAGCCCGCUACGCUGAGGAGUCCGACAUGGGAAGACAACAGAGCACCGCCACCCGCAACCUCCGUAUCCGAGAAGACACCGCGAAGUAUUUGUUGAACCUGGACCUUGAUUCGGCCAAGUAUGACCCUAAGACACGACGGAUGGUCGACAUGGGCGCCCAGGAUGAUCAAGCAGCCGCCCUUGUAGCUGAAGAGAACUUUGUUCGCGCUUCCGGUGACGCCGCCGAAUUUGAGAAGGCGCAAAGAUAUGCCUGGGAGUCCCAAGAACGCGGCUCGCAGAAGAUCCAUUUGCAGGCAAAUCCGACAGCUGGAGAGGUCAUGCGCAAGAAGGAAGAGGCGGAAACUGUGGCGAAACGUGAAGCUCAACGCAAAGCUCUGCUGGAGAAGUACGGUGGCCAGGAACACCUCGACCCCACACCGUUGCGAGAUACGAUGGUCGUCGAGAAUGAGCGGUUCGUCGAAUAUGACGAAACGGGUGCGGUCAAGGGCGCACCUAAGAAGGCAGCCAAGUCGAAGUACGCUGAAGAUAUCUUCAGUAACAACCACACAUCCGUCUGGGGAAGCUGGUGGCACAACUUUGAGUGGGGAUAUACCUGCUGCUUUUCCACUGUUAAAAACAGUUACUGCACUGGUGAAGAUGGAAAGCGCGCUUUCCAGGAAGCAGAUCAAUUGUUGAUGCUGACUGAUGCCGAUGCCGGUGCUGAAGAGCCAUCUGCGGAAGCGGAGGAAACCAACGCCACACCCAACGACGCUCAGACAGAGCAGCCAAAGGAGGCAUCCAAUGCGAAGAAGAGGACACUGAUGGAAGUGCAGUCUGGAAUCUCUGAGGAAGAGAUUGAAUCAUAUAAGCGAAGCCGACUUGCAGCCGACGAUCCUAUGGCUGCUUUCAUUGGCAAAGACGACCUUGUAUAAAAGCCCUAUACCUAAUUUUUGAUACUUCAACAGUUCUACUGCAUGGUCGCUUAGCACUUAUGAUAGAUACCCAUCCAAAAUGCGCAUACUUCAAAUCGG